AUGAAGAACCAACUGUACGAUCGGAUCUGGCGCCGGGAGUCCGGAGACCUCUCGCAAUACACCAGUAUCCGGGGCAUCUAUGGAUCCAAGGAAUGGGUGGACGAUCUGGACAUCGUGAAUGAGCUGGGGGGUCACACGGGCUGCGUCAAUGCGUUAAGCUGGUCUCGCUCUGGUCGACUGCUGGCUUCGGGAUCCGACGACUUACACCUGAAUAUCUACUCCUACCAGCCCGAAUCUUCCACGGCCCCAUUCUCCUUGAACACCACCGUUUCCACCGGCCACCGCGCGAACAUCUUCUCUGUCAAAUUUAUGCCGCAUUCCGACGAUAGAACGGUGGUCACCUGCGCGGGCGAUCACCAGGUGCGAGUUUUCGAUAUUGAACACUCCAGCAGCAAUCGCAAUGUCGAGUCUACCUCUUGCUUCACCGCCUCGGCGCGGAGUCAGCGAUUCAACAACUUCUUCACCAAUACGCGUUAUCUCACGGAGGCGAACACCAAUACCCGGGUUUACCGCAGUCAUGCGGAUCGCGUGAAGCGCAUCGUCACCGAAUCGUCUCCCUAUCUGUUCCUGACAUGUUCCGAAGAUGGGGAAGUCCGUCAGUGGGAUUUGCGCCAGCCAUCCUCGGCCUAUCCGAAACCGAGGGGUGGCCAGGGCAUGUUUGCGUAUCGGCCCGGAGUGGAGCAUGAUUCUUCGAAUACCCCACCGCCUCUGAUCUCGUACAAAAAGCAUCACUUGGACCUCAACACGAUAUCAUGUUCGCCGACGCAGCCACAUUAUAUCGCCCUGGGCGGAGCGCAUCUUCACUGCUUCCUUCAUGACCGGCGUAUGUUAGGCCGUGACCUUCUCGCAGAACGGGGAGACCCGGGUGGCUCGCCUGGAAUCAAUGGGAGUCGCGACGAUGAACUGAUGGGAAAGGCGACCCGAUGCGUUCGGAGAUUCGCUCCUCACGGAAAGCGACGAAUGAAGCCGCGGGACAAUGGUCAUAUCACGGCUUGUAAAAUUAGCGAUGCCAACCCGAACGAGAUGGUCGUGAGCUGGUCCGGGGACCACAUAUACAGUUUUGAUCUAAUCCGCAGCCCCGAUGCGAUGGAGGCCGAGAAAUCAUCUCCCGAGCCUGGUAAAGCCAACGGCCACGACCGCAAGCGUAAGCGCCAGAAUGGAGCAUCAAUGUCAUCGAGCUCUAGUAGCACACGGCGACCAUCUCGUCAUCGCUCGUCCAGACAGAGGGACUCUGAUAUAGCCGUCCGGGUUCGUUACGGAAAUGGUGAGUCCGAGGAUGUCCCCUUCCAGGGCACCAACGCGUCAGCCCACCAAAUCUUGGAACAAACGCAGUAUUCCAUGUUAAACGACGCCCAGAGGCUGAGCAUGCGCAUCGCCAAGGGCCUUGCUAAGCUCCGAAAAUCGCUAUUUUCGCUGGAAGCUUCCCUGAGAGAGACGGGCGAGGACUCGAAUCAAUCCGACCUGACUCCAUAUACCGAAUCGUUCUCGACUGCGUUGACCUAUGCGGCAACGUACCUAUCCCAAUUGAAUGAAGUGAUGCAGGCCUGGAGGUAUCCUAUGAACCCUACGCCUGAGACGGUGCGCCUCCAGCAAACCCUCCGUCGUAACCGACAAUCGGCCUGGAGGUUUGUUCAAGCCUCGGGAGUCUUAGCACGAGUCUUAGGGGGUCAGAUACGAGACACGCCAGAGGAUGUAGAUAUUGACAUGGAGUCCUUCCAGCAGAUCACUCCGGCCCCCAAUGAAAAUAACACUCUCGACCGCAGAUCGCAGUUUGGAUACGACUUCCUUAAAGCUAUACUGCUUUUUGUCGAGGGAGGCAGAGAGGCUCUGCUGGCAGGCUUCCGUCGUGAUUGUGUCCAUCGACGCAAUCAGGCACGGUACCCCUUGUCUGCCACUGCGGAUGAUAGCGCCAUCGAAUCGAUCUUGAUUCCUUAUCUCCAGGAUUUGUCUAGCGACUCCCCUGUCGUCAAUGUCGACGCAUCUCGGUUCGAACAUGACAGCAGUCGUAUCCUCUUCCCCACGCAGCAUGCAGCAGUCACGGCCUUUGGAAAUGCGGUGAGACUGCCCCUAGAAAACCUAGACAACUCGGCCGCUAGAGUUGGAGGAAACGAUACCUCCGAUACUCAAAUCCAAGCUCUCGACCGAUCAGCAGCGACGCGUUUUUGGGCCCUGAAGGUUGGGCGUGGAAUUCUGAUGGAUGUUGGCACGGGCGUGAACUACGAAUUUGUCAACAGGGCUUUCGGUGGCUUGCAUGCGAUUGUCGAAGAAGACUCAGAAACGGAGGCGGCCCCCGAAAGGUCCCAGGAAGAUAUUGAUAUCAAUAUGGAGGACGAACCGAUUGUUCAGUUACUAGCAGCAGCUUCCUCCAGGAAUCGGUCGCCCUCUGACCUGCCGUUAGAAGACUUCUUGGAUGGAGCAGAUGGGCGGUCAGCGACAGCUACUUCACACGGCGAUAGUUCUGCUGAGAACGAUGAUAGCGAGUCAGACAUGGCCGCUGAAGAGGCAGAGGACGAAGAGGACGGUGACCAGUAUGACAGCGAGGAUGAUUUUGCGAUGAGCAUCGGCGAUUCGUCCGAGGAUGACGAUGAUGAUGACUCUGAUCCCGAAGAGGCCAUGUUCAGAUUGAAUGGUUUGCGACGACCACGCCGCGAGGACGUCGAACUUGACGUUCCAUGCUCCUCCCACACCAGAGUCUACCGUGGGCACUGCAAUAUCAAAACGGUGAAAGACGUGAAUUACUUCGGGUUGAAUGAUGAGUAUGUGGUGAGCGGCAGCGACGAUGGGAACCUGUUCAUCUGGGACCGCAAGACCGGCAAAUUGUUGAAUAUUCUCGCGGGAGACAGCGAAGUGGUUAAUGUUGUGCAAGGUGAGUUCCUAUCUGUGAUACCUCGGGCGAUGAGAGACUUACAGCGGGCUGUAGGACAUCCAUACGAACCAACUAUGGCCGUUUCUGGGAUUGACAGCACAAUCAAAAUCUUCUCCGCCGAUCGACACGCGCAGGAAGCUGCUCGCCGCGGCAUCAACAUCCUCGAUCCCGACAACCCGUGCAAUACUCUGGGACCAAGGGUUCACGCAGUUGGUGGUCUGAAGAGCCGCAAGCGUAUGCACGACAGCUACCAGAUCUUGAGCCAGAACGAUGUGGACCGACGAGGCGGCAUGAGUGAUGCAGCUCUUACUAGAGCAUUCCUGGCCCAGAUUGCCGAAUCUGCCAGAAAUCGACCAGCAACGGGAGAAGAUGGCGAUGCCCCUACCACCUUGGUGCUUAACGAUACCAAUUGCCAUAUGAUGUGA